GACACUACUUAGUAUACUACUUGAAAGCUACUUCAUAGUCCCUGAAUAACGCCGAUGGACACACAGGACAUCAGGCAGCUCAGGGCACGCAGGUACAAGUCGGCUGCGGUACACAAUGACGCCCAAGAAAGUGUAGCAGGGACGAGUGCACGGCCCAAUCAGACCUUCAAUUUCAAGUCCGGGGUCGUGAAGGACGAGGCCGAUGAGGUGCUGAGCAAGUAUACCACUUUGCAAGACACGGAUGACGAGGAAGGCGAUGCAGGGAAUUUGCCGCAGUGGGAAAAUCUAGAGGAAGAAGCACCGUCGUCAGCGUAUCCCGCCUUCAAACCCCAAAGGGAAGACUUGCGUCCUGCGUCUCGGCAAACGACAAAGCCUGCUACUGCUGCUUCAGCUGCGGAAGCACCAGCAGCAGAAGAGGAAGAACGCCUCUGUCGCAUCUGUUUCAGCCCACAAACGCCCGAUGAACGACUCAUCUCACCGUGCAAAUGCAAAGGUUCAGCGAAAUGGAUCCACGAGACUUGUCUCAAUCAGUGGCGCAUUGCAUCACAAAAUAGGCGCUCUUUCUACCAGUGCGACCAAUGCCUGUACAAAUACUCCUUUUAUCGCACAGAUGUUGCCAAUUGGCUCUCGGCACCCUCAACGGUCUUCUUGUUUACAGCGCUUGCGUUCCUCUUCGCCAUGUUUAUUGGUGGCUUCGUGGUCAAAUUCGGUUUAUGGCUCUAUCCACCGGGCUCCAUGCUGUACCAUUCAACUUCCUGGCUAUCCGGUUGGUUCUACACGCCCUUUGAUGCUGGUACGGAUUUACUCAAUGCAGCUUCUGCACUCGUGCCGAUUGUGCCACGCAAAUUUUCCGACAUCUUUGUUGUUGACAUUUGGCACUUUGUACAAGGUCUCGUGUCACUCGGUGUGAUUGGCGUGUUGGGUUUCAUGGGAUCCGGUGGCUUCUUCACCAUGCGCCUCUUCAAUCCUCGCAGACGUCGUGGUGAAAAUGGACGUGCGAGUAUCGGCCUCGGUGAACUGGCACUCAUUCUCGUACUCUUUGCAGGGUGUGCCAAGAUUGCAGUCAGCUUAUGGCGCAUUGUUGGGGAUAUCGUUACACGGCGACUGCAGGGCGCGAGUCAGCGCAUACGAGAAGUACAUGAUUAACGACUAUGACUAUAUGAUUACAAUUACUUGCGCGCAGCCUUGACGGCAUCAUCCACCACUUUCAUCAUAGCAAGCGUCUUUUCCUCCUCAAACUGCUGACCCACAACUUG